GUGGCGGCUCCCUCGGGACCCGACGGGGGCAGCGCGAUGCGGCGGGUGACCCUGUUCCUCAACGGCAGCCCCAAGAACGGCAAGGUGGUUGCUGUAUAUGGGACUUUAUCUGAUUUGCUCUCUGUGGCCAGCAGUAAACUCGGGAUAAAAGCCACCAGUGUGUACAACGGGAAGGGCGGACUGAUUGAUGACAUCGCUCUGAUCAGGGAUGAUGAUGUUUUGUUUGUGUGUGAAGGAGAGCCAUUUAUUGAUCCUCAGACAGAUUCUAAACCACCUGAAGGAUUGUUGGGAUCCCACACAGACUGGCUAACAUUAAAUGUUGGAGGGCGGUACUUUACAACUACACGGAGCACUUUAGUGAAUAAAGAACCCGACAGUAUGCUGGCCCACAUGUUCAAGGACAAAGGUGUCUGGGGAAAUAAACAAGAUCAUAGAGGAGCUUUCUUAAUUGACCGAAGUCCUGAGUACUUUGAACCCAUUUUGAACUACUUGCGUCAUGGACAGCUCAUUGUAAAUGAUGGCAUUAACUUAUUGGGUGUGUUAGAAGAAGCCAGAUUUUUUGGAAUAGACUCAUUGAUUGAACACCUAGAAGUGGCAAUAAAGAAUUCUCAACCACCAGAGGACCAUUCACCAAUAUCCCGAAAGGAAUUUGUUCGAUUUCUGUUAGCAACUCCAACUAAGUCAGAAUUGCGUUGCCAGGGUUUAAACUUCAGUGGUGCUGAUCUUUCCCGUUUGGACCUUCGAUACAUUAACUUCAAAAUGGCCAAUUUAAGCCGCUGCAACCUUGCACAUGCAAAUCUCUGCUGUGCAAAUCUUGAACGAGCUGAUCUUUCUGGAUCAGUGCUGGAUUGUGCAAAUCUCCAGGGAGUCAAGAUGCUCUGUUCUAAUGCAGAAGGUGCAUCCCUGAAGCUGUGUAAUUUUGAGGAUCCUUCUGGUCUCAAAGCCAAUUUAGAAGGUGCUAAUCUGAAAGGUGUGGAUAUGGAAGGAAGUCAGAUGACAGGAAUUAACCUGAGAGUUGCUACGUUAAAAAAUGCAAAGUUGAAGAACUGUAACCUCAGAGGAGCGACUCUGGCCGGAACCGACUUAGAGAACUGUGAUUUAUCUGGUUGUGACCUUCAGGAAGCCAACCUGAGAGGUUCCAAUGUGAAGGGGGCCAUAUUUGAAGAGAUGCUGACGCCACUACAUAUGUCACAGAGUGUCAGAUGAGCGCUUCAGAGAGGAAGAUGUCCGAGAUGAAAAAUGUUCUCCUUAUCAUCUUGUUUCUCCACCCACUCAGUUGUCUAGAAGAUAUAACACUGUAAGGGAGUUUUAAAAAUAUUUAGAGGAUUAUGAUUGUUCUCAACGGUGCAUAGGGGAAAAAAAUUGAAAUUUUCCCACAGAAAAUGUAAAAGAAAAGCACUCAUUUAAUAGAUGUAGGAAAAGUAGAUUAUAUUGCUGCCUUUUGAAUGGGGUAAGGGGAUUUGCCUGGUUUUGUGACCGGGAAUAGUAUCUAUUAUAUAUGCUUUUAAAUAGGCAUGAUAUGGAAAUACCAUCUUGGUUUCAGAUGCAAUUGAGAAUUUUAAUUUAUGAAAAGCACAAAAUAUGCAACUAUAUUUAUUGAAUAUCUAGAUGCAGUAUGGAUAUUUAAAUCGAUAAACUUUAUGAAACUUUGAAAAGAUUGUUCAGGUUCAUAGAUAGCUUUAGUGAUGCCUCCACUCUUUAAAUAUCUGUUGCUACAUAUGACUAUGGUGAGGUCAGAUUCCCUAAGGUUCUCUAUUCAGGUUCAUUUUUAUGUUUACUUUUUACAACAAAACAGUAACUGAGUUUAAGAAAUAACCCUCUCUCAUUAAUUGAGACAGAGUGGGAAAAAAAAAUCAUUGUACAUUAUGAUGAUACUGAAGGUACAUUGGAACACUCUAGAUGAACAGAAAAUUUUCCUGUAGCUACAACUAUUAAAUGAACAUUUGUCAGAAUUUCAUUCUAGGCAAGUUCCUCUCAACACCAGACCAGGCAGUUUUUUCUGUCUACACUGCGAGUCUAGUUUUCUCAUAUACAGUCAACAUAAGCACAGGAAGAUACUUCAAAACCACAAACCCAAAGUGCAUCAUUAAUAUUCAUUUAAUUCAAACGGCAAAUGGCUUAAACCUGGCCAGCUUAGAAAUAGGCAUUAAAUCCAAAUCCACUACAGUAAAAGCCACAUGAGUAAGCAUGGCAAAGUCACCUUUUAGAAGGUGACAUAAUUGCAGCUCAAACCCUACAGUGGAAAAUGUGGAAUUUUAAAUUGACAUCAUGAUUAUAACCACAAAAUAUGAAUAAAUUUGGCUGGUCUGAUUUGUAAUACCAGUUAGCACCUGUGGUUCUUUUACUUGUCUUUUUUGUUGGUUUUUGUCAAAUUUAGCCCAACUUCCGUGAGUCGCUGUCUCCAUAGCAGCAGAGAUAGGGCCUUUACUUCUCUACCUAUAUCCCAGUGUCUUCAUGUCCACCCCUAGAGCAGGGGCGUAAGCUGCGUCCAGACAGCUCUGAAUCCUACAGACUCAUCAGUUUGAGGCAGUGAAUCACUGAAAACCACUUUUGUCUCCUCUGGGAGAAUGCUGUAUCUCCAGUAUUUCUGUAGCUUCUUCUAUAUCUACAUAUGCAAAGCUUUCCUUAACAGUGAAGGGCACUUAUGCACAGUGGGAGGGGAGUGGACCUUUACAGGUGAAGGAAAGCAACUUUAGAAAUGAAUUAUUUUCUUUGCUUUAUUAUUUUUACCAAGACAAAGAAGUAUUGUAUUGAAAGAUAUCUAUUUUCAUAAUCAAUAUGUGCCUAAAUUAUAUUUAAAUCAUUUCACUCUGUACUAUAUUUUCAAUAAUUAUAGAAUGUGUUGUUCAUUCACUGAAGGGUACCUCUGUAGACAAAUCUAAAAUUGCAGAAGGAUCUGAAAGCUCUUAACAUGGUGUACUUAGAAACUGCAGGUUUUGGAUCUAAGGUAUACUGCAUUAAUAAAUACUAUGAAAUGUUGAAAA